ACCGUCAAUGUGUCAUGCGCGUUGUGUGAUCGCUGCGGCUCCGGUUCCUAUGACCGUCUGGGUGGUCGCUCUCGCCUUUUGCGCGCAGCUGCUCUGGAGCCAUUGCGCCGCGGAUCACUGCAACUGGCGGGGCAGCGGGUUGAUCCGGGAGCCCCAUUCUCACACGGUGGAGCAGGUCCGCCUGAGGUGCACUGAAGGCUCAGUGGAAUGGAUGUACCCCACCCAAGCCAUCCGAAUUGCCCUAGAGCCAAACCUGUCCACAUCACGGCCAGCCACCGUCUGUAUCAAACCGUAUCGAAACUCCAGGGGUGCCAACAUCUACAUCGAGAGAGCCGGGAAGCUGGAGCUGCUGGUUAAUGAAGAGGCCAGCUGGCUGGGGCAAGUGUACUGCUUCAGCGUCGAACGCCCGCAACAGGCCGCAGUGUUUCUGCAAGCCAGCCCUCAGCAGGACAUCAGCCGGCGCACAGUGGGCUUCCAGUACGAGCUGCUGAGCAGUGGCACCCCAGCACCUACUCUUGUCAAAGACGCCAUGCUGGAAGAAGUCUGCCGGCCUUGUAACAACACUGAAUUGCUGAUGGCCAUCUGCAGCAGCGACUUUGUGGCCAGGGGUUUCAUCCGCAGGGUCUCCCACCACAUCAGCCAGCAGCUCUCUGAAGUGAGUGUGGCGGCGGAGCACCUGUACAGACAGAAGAGCGGCGUCUUUCAACAGGAGGCUGCCAGCGGGGAGUGGCAGGGCUCGCUCAAGACCCUCCUGCAGUGCCAGGUGAGGCAGGGCAACGGGCUCUUUCUCUUCACUGGAACGGAGCACUUUGGUGAGGCCUGGCUGGGCUGUGCUCCUCGCUACAAGGACUUUAUCAGGGUCUACCAAGCAGCCAGAGCCAAGAGGAAGAACCCCUGCGAGUUCCCCCUUGACUGACUUGGACACCUCAGAGUAGG